CUGGCAUCACUGCGUCAAAAUGAGCAGCAGUUUAUUCGCAAACACUUCAAUCUCGUGAAAAAGCGCGAAACAUUCUUUUAUAUUCUUUGUGAAAGCCUACGUAGGUACCUAUUUAUUUUGUAUAUUGUUCCUUUAUUUAGUUUAGUUCAUUAUUCGUUGCCAAUUUCCAUAAUGGAGUUGAUGAAUUCCCCUCCAGUGUAUCAUACAAGCGCUGCUCAAAAAUCGCGGUCAAAAAUUGCUGCCCAUCGAUUCAAGUACGGUUCCCCUAAGCUGGUGGAUCUGAUGCGAGAGAAAUGUCGCUUAAGAAUAAAAGAAGCACGAAAUGAACAUUUGUUGAAGAAGCGUAAUAUCGUAUUGGAUGACAAGGCAUUGCUGGGAUUGAUUGUCCGUGAGGAACUUUCGGAAAUCGAAAAGGAUAUCGAGUUGCAAGAGCUAAUUUACCAGGAACUGAUGGCGGAAACAAACGAAUGGCUUUUCCAAGAGUACGAACGUUCGGAGAACUAUAUGAUUGACGAAUACGACCAGGAGGUAGUGUUCUGUCCAGUAUGUCAAAAGAACCAGCUCCAAAAAUUAGACGACCAACGAAUUCAGUGUUCCUGUGGUAUAUCGAUCAAGUAUGCAGGUAGCCUGGGAAGUUUUGGUGGUUUCCUCUGGUGUACGGUACACGAGCAUGGAGCACGCUGUGAAGAAAUUCUUCAUUUUUUUGUUGAACCACAUUCUGUCUGCGGACAGCUGAAUGUAUUUUGUCCAGGCUGUGAUUACUAUAAAAAUUUAACGCAAUGAGCAAUUUGUUAUACUAUUUAAACCCUGAAUUUUGAUGCGAAUUUAUGCUGUUUUAAACCACGAUUUUUUGUUUUAAAGUUAAAGUGUUUAGUAUUAUUUUUGACUAAAGAUAAUAUUCAAUAAAAUCGGUUUAUUUUCCUAUUA